GAACAAAUUUGAAUUCUGGAAAUAUUAAUAACAUUGCGGAUCAAAAAGAGUUAAUCACGGAAUGUUAUAAUAGUGAAGAAGAAAGUUCUACAGACACAUUUUGUCGUAAAUUGCAGCAACUGGAUGUUGAUACGUCACAAUAUACAUUAUCCUUUUCUAAAUUAUUAUCCACAUCUAUGCCAUAUAUACCUUCCGAUUCCUCUGAUUCAGCAAAUUCAGCGAAUUCUGAUGAUCAACGUUCGAAAACCCUUCCAAAUCGUUCACCAUUUGCUUGCAUUCGCUUAUCAGAUGCAUUUUGUAACGACUCCCAACCUACAAAAUAUAUUAAUUCAACUAUAUCAGUUGACAAUAAUACGGCUCAUUCCAUUGACAACCAUUCGGAAUGCGAUAAAACAUUACAACAUAAUCAUACAUCAUCAAAUUCAUAUAUUGAUAUGAAGCAAUCAACAAACACAUCAGUAUAUCAGUUGCGUCAUCGUCGUUCCUCAUUACCUAAGCCAUUGAUAGAACCAAUAACUAAGCAGGAAACCAAAUCGCUAUCCACGUUUUCUGAUCAAAAGAAAUCAUUGAAAAAUCAAAUUAAAAAUACACUACCAACGCGAUCAAAUCCCAAACGGUCUUCAACCAUCAGCCUACCCUCGUAUGAAAAUCUUCAAAAAGUAAGAAAAUUAAUAAUCUGUAAGAAAACGAAUUGUGGCAAAUCAUUUGCCAGCGAAGCAGAGUUAGAGGCACAUGAACAAACGGUACAUCCAUAUAGAUGUCAUUAUCAAGGAUGUAAUUCGAGAUUUGAUAGGUUGGACCUUGUCAAAAAACAUCUGCAAACACAUACAGAUAUAUAUCCAAGGGAAUGUGAGGUACCGGGGUGUGGUACGAUUUAUUUUACAAGAAAAUCAUAUCAAAGUCAUCUGAUGAAGCAUGGAAAAUUAGAAAGAAUGCGUUCACAAAUAGAGGUAGAAAAACCAAAUCGAUCUAAGAACGUGAAUAAUCAGAAGAAAAAUUACGUGCAUGAAAAAAAUCCAAAUACUGAAGAAUUUAUAGCACGUAACAAAAAAGAUAAAGUAAGCGCGAACAAUAAAAAAAAUGGAGUACACGAAGAUAGUAAAAGACAUAAA